GGUGCCCGCUCUCCCAGCGCUGCCGCGGCAAUCAGCAGCUCUCGGAGCUUUCGGCCGCUGGCACCUCCUCUGCGGCAACCGCGCCUCGCCCGCCCCGGCUCCGCGCAGUGCCGCAGCGCACGCUCGGGUGGCCGCUCGCUGCUCGCUGCUUGCCGCGGCCGGCACCGCCCUCGCGGGUUGGGUUGCGCGCUGCGCCGGGCCGCCUGGCUUGGCUGUGCAAGAUCGAGGCGCGGCACGGAGAGGCAUGGACUAGGACGCCGCCGCCAUGGUGCGCCGAGAUCGCCUCCGCAGGAUGAGGGAGUGGUGGGUCCAGGUGGGGCUACUGGCCGUGCCCCUGCUCGCAGCCUACCUGCACAUCCCGCCCCCCCAGCUCUCCCCCGCUCUUCAGUCCUGGAAGUCUUCUGGCAAAUUUUUCACCUACAAGGGAAUGCGCAUCUUCUACCAAGACUCUGUGGGAGUGGUUGGAAGUCCUGAGAUAGUGGUGCUUUUACACGGCUUUCCAACUUCUAGCUAUGACUGGUACAAGAUCUGGGAAGGUCUUACCCUGAGGUUUCACCGCGUGAUUGCCCUUGAUUUCUUGGGCUUUGGCUUUAGUGACAAACCGCGACCGCACCACUACUCCAUAUUUGAGCAGGCCAGUAUUGUAGAGGCACUUCUGCGGCAUCUGGGGCUCCAGAACCGCAGGAUCAACCUACUGUCUCAUGAUUAUGGAGAUAUCGUUGCCCAGGAGUUGCUCUACAGGUUUAAGCAGAAUCGAUCUGGCCGACUUACCAUAAAGAGUCUCUGCCUGUCCAAUGGAGGUAUAUUUCCUGAGACUCACCGUCCUCUUCUUCUCCAAAAGCUUCUCAAAGAUGGAGGUGUGCUAUCUCCCAUUCUCACACGACUGAUGAACUUCUUUGUAUUCUCUCGAGGUCUCACUCCAGUUUUUGGGCCAUACACCCGACCUUCUGAGAAUGAGCUGUGGGACAUGUGGGCAGGGAUGCGCACCAAUGACGGGAACUUAGUUAUUGACAGUCUCUUACAGUACAUCAAUCAAAGGAAGAAGUUCAGAAGACGCUGGGUGGGAGCUCUGGCCUCUGUAAAUAUUCCCAUUCAUUUCAUCUACGGACCACUGGAUCCUGUGAAUCCGUAUCCAGAGUUUAUGGAGCUGUACAGGAAAACGCUGCCGCGGUCCACAGUGUCGAUUCUGGAUGACCACAUUAGCCACUAUCCACAGCUAGAGGAUCCCAUGGGCUUCUUGAAUGCAUAUAUGGGCUUCAUCAACUCCUUCUGAGCUGGAGAGAGUAGCUUCCCUGUCUUACCUCCCCUACUCCCUUAUCUGUUGUGUAUUCUACUUAGAAAGAAAUGCCCAAAAGAGGUCCUGGCCCCCAAACACUAUUCUCUCACAAAGUCUACCUGACUCACAUUGGUGAACAGCAUGGAGUAAAAAGACAGUAGAAGCUCUGACUAAGGGUGUCCUAAUAAUCCAUCUCCCAUUCCUUUGACAUCUAAUCCAGCAUGUGGACUUGCUGUGGUCUUUGUGUUAUUAGGAAAUUCUGAUGGGCACUACUACUCACUGAUGCUGAAAGGCAGACAUUCUUUUACAUAAGAGCCUUUUGAAAGAUACUUCUGUGGACUUUUCUAAAAUAUUUAGAAACGCUCAUUUCUUGGCCUACCCCAAUUGGAAUCACAUAGAAAAGAAUGAGGAGAGGGUACCUUCUUCCCUCUUCUAGAAUGGUGUUAAGGGCAUGUGCUUUUUAAGUGCUACACAAUUCAGCUUCAAGUGAGAGUAGGUCUCCCUUGCUAUAAUUUUGGAUUUAGUUUAAUCAGCUGUUUUUGAUUAUAGCCUUUUUUUUUUAAAUAGAUGUUAGCUUUAUGAUGUGGUAUUCAGUUUGAAUAAUGUAUUCUCAGUACGCUUGAAGACUAUGAUUUACUCACACGUAUUUUGUAAGGAUACUAACCCAGUAGACACUUACUCUGGCAGAGUAACAAACCUAACUAAACUUGUUUGAUUUGUGAAAUUGAACUAAAUCCAAAGUACUUACAGAAUUUCCUAAAAUCACGGGACAUGAAGGACUAAUAGUGUUUGUGCCAGAGAUGGACUGUUAUUAGCUGGGAAGACUAAUCCUAACAGCAUGUAACAGUCUGACUCUUCACACCUCAGUGCUUGGAAGCAUGUCCCUCCUGAGCUGGAGGGGAGGGGAUCAUUGUAUAGUCCAAGGUACUAUGCUGAAAUCCACAGAUUCCUCUUAUGAUGCUUGCUUAACUUCUUCCUACUGGGUGUCCCAGAGAGGUAUCCUCAUUAACUUAGCUAAUUCCUGUACUUUACAGACAGGAAAGUUCCAGGAACUUUUAAGAAAAAAAAAAAAAAAUUCUGAAAGACCUAUAAGCAAAUGGUGCUGCAUAUAUUUUUUAAACCACAAUUCCAUUGUCUUAAUCAAAACAAUUACUGAGUGAUUCUUUUUAAAUUCUUUUUAUUAGCAUCUGCAAGUAUAACAACUGCAACUGGAAUAAGUGUUUACUUUCUUUUAAUAAAAAUGAAUUUUGACAAAA